GCGAUGCGCCUGAUCCUGCGCGAGUUGUUUCAUUUGACGGCCGAAUUUGUUUUUAAAAUUAGCCGCAUAAACAUAAAAAUUUUGAUAUGAUCGCGAUCAAAAUGGCUCACAGAAUCGACGAUGCGCCUUCCUGAGAUCUAAUUAUGACAGAAGAAGACUUUUAAUCGGCGCAAGGAUCGAUGGAGAGACUUUAAUGUCAGAUUGAACCGCAAAGGCGAAACUCUGAUGAAUAAUGCCUGGGAAGUUAAAGGCGAAGAUUGUUGCCGGGCGGCACCUGCCCGUCAUGGACCGUGCCAGCGAUCUCACAGACGCCUUUGUGGAAGUAAAGUUUGGAAACACAACGUUUAAAACGGAUGUGUACCCCAAAUCCCUGAAUCCUCAGUGGAAUUCAGAGUGGUUCAAAUUCGAGGUGGAUGAUGAGGAUUUGCAGGAUGAGCCGUUGCAGAUAACUGUUCUUGACCAUGACACAUACAGCGCUAAUGAUGCCAUAGGAAAGGUGUACAUCGACAUUGAUCCACUGCUCUGCAGUGAAGCUGCUACAGUCAUCUCUGGCUGGCUCCCCAUCUAUGACACUAUACACGGUAUAAGAGGGGAAAUCAAUGUGCUGGUGAAGGUGGAUCUCUUCAACGACCUGAACCGCUUUAGACAGUCUUCAUGUGGGGUUAAAUUCUUCUGUACAACCUCCAUUCCCCGAUGUUACCGGGCCAUUAUGGUACAUGGCUUUGUGGAAGAGCUUGUGGUAAACGAGGAUCCAGAGUACCAGUGGAUCGACCGUAUCAGAACCCCUCGAGCUUCAAAUGAGGCCAGACAGAGACUCAUCUUUCUCAUGUCAGGUGAAUUGCAGAGGAAGAUUGGUCUGAAGGUGCUGGAGAUGGGAGGGAAUGCAGUGGUGGGGUACCUACAGUGUUUUGAUCUGGAAGGAGAAUCAGGCCUUGUGGUCCGUGCCAUCGGGACAGCCUGCACACUUGAGAAAAUCAGCAGCACACUCCCUGCCACAGCCACACACCCCAGCAACUCCUCUCCUUCAAAAGACAUGAAAGAGCCAGGGUUUGGGGAGGAGGCCCCAGGUGUCCCGUUAUCCUCAGGACCCCCCACCCCUCUGAGAGCACAAACCUUCUCCUCCUUCUCCCCCUCCAAGUCCUACAGUCGCCAGUCCUCCUCCUCUGACACCGAGCUCAGCCUAACCCCCAAAACCGUGGGGAUAUUUCUGUUUCCCAGUACUCCCGCCCUUGAAUCUGAAUCAUCUCCCCUCCCCUCUGCCCAUCUGCCCCAUCACUUAUGGCCAGGGAUGGCCUCCAGGAGUACAACUCCUCCCCCACUCCGUCUCAGCCAAUCAGACACAGCCAUUCUGAGAAAGAGCGUGUCUUUCAGUGAGGAACUGCUGCUGGCGGCCUCUGGAAUGGGAAGUGGCGGCAGUGCAGGGAAGGAGGGGGGGCCUCUUAAAGCUCUUCUGAGGCAGCAGACCCAAUCAGCACUGGAGCAGAGAGGGGUUUCAUCAUCCUCUGAAGCGUUUGUUAGAACAGGGGAAUACCCUUUCUUCACGUUGGCCGCCUUCCCUCCUGGAUUUCUCCUUCAUGUGGGUGGUGUGGUCAGUGCGCGCUCAGUAAAGCUUCUGGAUCGAAUCCACAACCCAGCAUUGGGUAACACCAGAUCAUACAAACUGCUAGACUGGAAUAGUUUCACUGCAGAUGAGCCGGAGACACGGGAUGCGUGGUGGGAGGAGAUCCGUCAGGAAAUAAAGUCUCAUGCCAAAGCUCUCGGCUGCCACGCUGUGGUGGGGUACAGCGAGUCCACCAGCAUCUGUGAGGAGGUGUGUAUUCUAUCAGCGUCAGGCACCGCGGCGAUCCUCAGCUCCCGGUUCAUGCAGGACGGCCCGCUGGACACCGAACACAGGUUGUCACGGCAACCGCUUUGUGUCUUUUCUACAGGGUCAGAGAGGGUCGAGGGGGAUAUGGGUAGUUCAGCAUCGCUAGGAUUUGAGGAGGUGGUGUCCCCUGGCUGUGGGUUUUGUCACAUACCAUACGAUGAGUUGAAUAUACCGUUUCCUGCUCAGCUCACCUAUUGCUACUGCUGUCGCCGCUACAAAGUGCCCGAUGUCCUCUUCACCACAAUAGACUUGCCUACUGAAGCCAACGUCACCGGGAAGGGCUGCCUGAUUCAGGCCAGGCUGUGCCGGACUAAAAAGAAGGCGCAAGGAGAAGGGAAUGCCACGGUUAUUAGCAAUCUUCUGCCAUUUUUAGAGUACGAACUCCACACACAGCUGAUGAACAAAUUAAAGCUACGAGGCAUGAACGCUUUGUUUGGUCUACGUAUCCAAAUAAGCGUUGGAGAGACCAUGCUGCUAGGAUUAGCGUCUGCAACAGGAGUUUAUCUGACAGCUUUACCUAGUCCUGGAGGAAUCCAGAUUGCGGGAAAAACUCCCAGUGACAUCACAUACGAACAGCAUAUCUCCAAUAUGCAGAAGAAAAUUAAUGACACCAUUGCUAAAAACAAAGAACUGUAUGAAAUCAAUCCUCCUGAGGUUGUCGAAGAGAUCAUUGGUUCGCCGAUCCCUGAGCCCCGUCAGAGGUCUCGUCUCUUUCGUUCUCAAUCAGAGAGUUCAGAUGAGGUUUCAGAACUAGACCUAUCCCAUGGGAAGAAGGAUGCCUUUGUGUUGGAGAUUGAUGACACGGACGCUGUGGAAGAUAUACAUGCCCUUCUGACUGAUUCCCCCACCCCAGCAGGAUUCUACAGCUGCAACACUGAGAUAAUGCCUGGGAUUCAGAACUGGACUUCAGCUAUACAGAUGUUUACCUCUGUGAGGGUCUUCCGCCUUAACGCCAACUUAACCAAUCAGGGGCUGAAUAAGAUUUUCAGUGACCUCUGUGAGAAUCUGCUGAAGAGUUUGUACUUCAAACUGCGGUCGAUGGUCCCCUGUUGUCUUUGUCACUUGAACUUCACCGUAGCCAUACCUGAAGAUGAGCUCAUUCAGGUGGCGGUGACAGCUGUGGCAAUGAGCUUUGACAAAGAGCAACUUUUGGAGAAUGGCAAACAAAGUGGGGAAAAGACACUGAUAAAGGCCAUAACAGAAAAUGACGAGCAGCUUCAGUUUAAUCUGGAGCUCAAUGCUGAAACAUCUGCUCCCAAUCCUCUCAGCUCCCCCAAAGGUCUAUCAGAGGUUGGCAGCCAUCUGUCGGCCAGAGCCUCCUCAGUUGAUUACAGUUCCUUUGCAGACAGAUGCAGCUCCUGGAUAGAGCAGCUUAAACUGAAAGCUCACACCAUAAGACGCGGAUCGGUUAAAACAACAUCAUCUAUGGAGAAGGCCAGCCCGUUGCCUGAAGGUCGCUCUCGUUCUCUUCGGUCAAACCGUUCCUACUCGGGCAGUUCUGUGGCAGUCGUCAAAAUGACCCCGCUCUCUUUCAUUCCUGGAGCAAAGAUCAUCAAAUACCUUGGCAUCAUCAACAUGUUCUUCAUUAGAGAGACCACCUCACUCAGAGAGGAGGGAGGUGUGAGUGGGUUUCUGCAUACGUUUAUUGCUGAAGUAUUUGCGAUGGUUCGUGCCCACGUCGCUGCUCUUGGAGGAAAUGCUGUCGUCUCCUACAGCAUGAAGGAGUGUGUGUUCAUGGAGAACCCUAACAAGAACCAGGCGCAGUGCCUAAUCAACGUCAGUGGGGACGCUGUCAUGUUCGUCCGAGAAUCUGAACUCGAGUCGACUUCGGUACAGACACAGUCAGCCACCACACACACCUCCAACGGUGCGGAAGGAACGUGAACUCGCAUACACACACCGACAAACUCUCAAGUAAACGAGUCUUAACAUGAACCAUGCCAUUUAAAGCAGUGUCACGCUAAAUCUACCAACCAAAUCUCCAAAAAGAAGCGAAAAUCUAGACCUUAUUGGUUAGUUCUCCAAAGUGUCAUAUUUUAGACCCAUUAAAUGGCCAAUAUUUUGUUUUAUUUCAGAAUAAUGUUUUAAAAUCCCCUCCGUCAGAAGCCUUUCAGAAAGGUCAUCUGUCAUGUUUCUAUGUGUUGGCCAUUGUUGUUCACAUUCCAUUUUGUCCAAAUGUGGCGGAGGCAGCUACCAAAUUCAAAAGGUCUAUAAAAUUCGUCUUUGUGUUCGUAAAGAGUGUGUAAAUGUGUCAACGACUCUUUAAAUGGCCAUGUUUUGUAUUUAAAUAAAGGAAUAAACUACUGAUGCACUCACAUGGACAUCCAGUUCAGGAUUUUAAAUACUGGUUUUAAAUAAGACACUUCCUGUCAUGUCCUACCGAUCUCUUUAAAAUCAUGUCAAAUGCUGGAAACAUUUGUUUGCUUUCAUGUGCCACGAUGUAUGCUUUUUUUUAAUCAUAAUGUUUGGGUCGGACUUCUGCAAGGCCGGUCCGGUUCUCUUGCAUGUGCAAUGCCAGUUAAUCAUUACGAGAAAGAGAUAUUUUAGGGCAGAGUUGUGUUCACCAUGGACUGACACUUGAAUGUACAGAUGAUGGGUCUGGAUCAAUGAGGUGGGCGGCUCUGUUCAUGUGUUGACUGACUUUUAAUGCUAUUAUUUUGUAUAUGUGUUUGCCUGCGGACAAAUCAAAAUUGCACAUUAAUAAGAUAUAAUUGAAUAAAACUAUUAUUGCUCUGG